UGUAACAGUCUUUGUUGUUCAUCCUGUUUUUCUUACUUUAAACGAAUCAGUUUUGUCUCUUAGAAUCUACAUUGGUUGCUUUGGAAUUGGGCUUGUGGCUGAAGUUGGGAGGUUUUUAAGUGAGGGACAGGUCACUAUGGGAGGAGGUGAUAUUAAUGCUUCUAAGGAAGCGGCCAGCAAAGACGUCGGUGAUGCUGUCACCGUCAGUAUCAGUUGUUCAUCCGGCUCCAAAUUCUCCGUUCAGACCAACCUGGAUUCCACCGUCGAUUCUUUUAAGGCACUUCUGGCGCGAAACUGCGGUGUUCCCGCCGAUCAACAGCGUUUGAUUUAUAAAGGUCGGAUCUUGAAGGACGAUCAAACCCUUCGAAGCUACGGUUUGGAGGCAGAUCACACUGUCCACUUGGUUCGUUCUGUUGCACCAAGAGCGCCACCGCCGACAACCAAUGCAGCUGGGUCAAUUGGUUCCGGUGCUUUGAACACUUCUCAAACAAAUACAACAGCUGUUGACUUAGAUGAUGCUGGGGCAUUGGGAGCCGGAGGGGCUGGUCUAGGUGCUUCACUGUUUCCUGGACUUGGUGACAGUGCUGGUUUAUUUGGAGCUGGGCUCCCAAAUUUUGAACAAUUACAACAGCAAUUGACUCGAAACCCCAACAUUAUGAGGGAAAUAUCGAACAUUCCUGCUGUUCAGAAUUUGAUGAAUAAUCCUGAGAUACUGUAUAACUUGAUCAUGAACAAUCCUCAAACGCGAGAGAUAAUUGACCGAAAUCCUGAGCUUGCACACAUACUUAAUGAUCCAAGUGUUCUCCGUCAAACAUUUGAAGCUGCAAGAAACCCUGAGCUCAUGCGUGAAGUGAUGAGGAAUACGGACAGAGCAAUGAGCAAUAUUGAAUCAUCACCUGAAGGAUUUAACAUACUUCGCCGUAUGUAUGAAACUGUUCAAGAGCCUCUCCUGAAUGCAACUACCAUGACUGGGACUACUGGAAAUGGUGGUUCAAACCUGUUUUCUUCCCUCCUGGGAACUCAAGGGGGAAACCAAGCCAGAGAUGGGUCAACUAACCAUUCCACCUCUGAUUCUGGAACUACUCCCAAUGCCAAUCCACUGCCAAACCCUUGGUCUUCUUCUGAAGCUGGAGGUUCCCAAACUAACACAAGAAGGUCAGAUCCCGGUGCGGAUGCUAGGCCACAGGCACCUGCUGGUUUAGGUGGUCCGGGUCUUCCAGUGUUUGAAGGCUUGUUUGGUGCUAUGCAGGAUUCUAAUUCACUGAAUCAGUUGAUGCAAAAUCCAGCUAUUUCACAAAUGAUGCGAAGCCUCCUGUCCAGUCCUCAGUACUUGAACCAGGUUCUUAGUCUCAGUCCUCAACUUCAAAACAUGCUUGGAUCUAAUUCUCAACCAAGAGAAACGAUGCAGAACUCUCAAUUUCUUCGUCAGUUGACUUCUCCUGAGAUGAUGCAGCAACUAUUGACUUUGCAGCAGACUCUUUUUUCACAACUUAGUCGGCCACAGUCAACCCAGGAGCCUGCCCAGACUGGUGGAGGUGCAGGAACGCUCAACAUGGGUUUGGAAGCACUGAUGACCAUGUUUAGCGGACUUGGAACUGGCAGCUUGGGUGUUCCUAAUAGAUUAGAUGUACCUCCAGAGCAACUAUACGCCACCCAGUUGUCCCAACUUCAAGAAAUGGGUUUCAUUGACACUCGAGAAAAUAUUCAGGCAUUAAUAGCCAGUGCAGGAAAUGUUCGUGGUGCGGUGGAACGGUUACUGGGAAAUCCUGGUCAGUAACCUAUUACCAACAUCUAGUUAAUGUAGAAAACUGAGAGUUCGAAGUUUGAACAUGUGUAGAAUGUUUCUGAAAGUCAAAUGUGAGGAAGGAAUUAGCUUAGAUUAUGAAAAAUGGUGUAAAUGAAUUCGGGUUGUGAAAUGUGUUUGGUUUCAUAGGUCCAUUUUCCUUGAAGGAGGUAAGGCUAUGAGUCAAUGUGUGUAUGUUUUCACUAUAGUCCACCCUUCGCUGAGUGUGUUUUGUCAGCCACAAAUCUGAAUGAGCAAAAACAAAAUACUAUAAA